GCUGUGAAGAAAACUGGCAGCUUUUUUUCUAAGAUUCUGUUUACACAAUGAAAUGUAAAAAUGGUUAACAUUUCAUUUGGUAUUGACCAAGUCUUUUAGAGCACGACCUCAAUUAUUUAAUUGAGUUAAAUCAUUAUUAAUUAAGGCUGCAACUAGCGAUUUUUUUAUUUAUUAUUAAUCGGAUGGGGGGAGUGGGGGGAACCAAAUGUUCAAUACUAUUUUUUCAUUUAUUUAAAAUAAAAUCCAUAGUGUUACAAAUAUAAACUUCAGGCCAAAACUUUUUAUUAAAACAUUAAUAAAUAAAUUUAUUACAGACAUUAAUGGCAUUGUAUGCAAUGAGAGGCUGUGUGGUGGCAGAUCACCGUCAAGGGUACCUGACACCACUCUAGCUGGUGCCUUAGAAUUGCAAGCUAGCCCUUUAUGCGAGGAAAAACAACUUUUAGUUAUCACGCCAAGCAGUAAAAGCCCAAAAGAUGAUGAAAUCGAUAUUAAUAGUAGUAGAAAGAUUCCCCCAGAUGACAAUAUUCCUACAGUCUCAUUAGUGUUAGUGUGUGCCAAAGAUGAUAAUGCUGCUGUCGAAAAGGAUGAUACUAAACGUUGAUAAAUUAAUUAAAUCGCACUUUCACGGCAGCUCAUGGUUUCUGUGACUCACUUCCUUUAGACAUGUUGUUUUACUUGUGUUUACUUCGAUCGUACUGUUUCAGUUUGACAUUAAAGCUCUUACUUGCACUCUCGCUCUUUAUCAACACGUCUACGUACAUUGUGAGUGAGGAGCAACGCAGCCUCGUUAAUAAUAGAUCACUUACAGGUCGCUCCCGUUAUAAUAAAUAACAGAAUUUUAAACUGCAAGAGCACAAACACAGCAUAUAAUGACAACAAACUUGAAUUAAACUGAACCUUGUAAGCAAAUAGCACCAGAGAUUUGUUGAUAACGAUUUUCAUAAAUGAUUAUCAUAGAUUGUAUCUAUUCAUUGCUGCAGGUCUAUAUUUGAUUAUGAUUAUGAUUCUUAUACAUGCAGCACUGAGAACUACAGAGUACAGGGAAGUAAGUUCACUAGUUUCUUUAUUAAUUAUAUUAAUCCAAAUUUGGGGGUUAAUGAAAAGGAACUAGCAGUGUGUGAAAAGGACGGUUGUUUCCGUAUGCUGUUGCCUACAUUUACAGUCCUAUUUAAAAUAAUCAUGCUGGAAGCAAAGAUACAGGAUGUCAUUAAAAACAGGUUUAGAUUCUUCAGUUUUUAUCAUGUUGUUGACGUUUACCAGACUGAAAUUUUCACCCUCAGACCAUGACAGAGCCAGCUUCUGUAAUCUGCAAAAACCUGCAGGCAUCUGUGCGGUUCUCACCAGCUCUGCUUCAGACAUAGUGGUGUCUUUGUGAAUGAAAAAAAACCCCCAACGACCCAUAAAUCUGAAUUUGGGUUGUAGCACCCUGCUUUACAUAUUGCAGUCUUGUCUAGUUUGUCUGUCCACAAGUUGCCACAUGCUCCACAAGACCACCUGAACUGUCAGAUUCUGAGCAUUUCUUUCUGUCUCUUAACCCCUUAAAUUCUCAGCUUUUUUUUUUUUUUAAAUCAUUGAAAGCAUAUUAUGGUGUAACUACAGUAAACCUAAUAAGAGAGGUAUGUACAGUAGGUCUGAGGAAUGUAAGACUGGACCACACUGUUGGCUCCUGGGAGUUUAAGGGGUUAAAGAAUUUACCUUUACCUAAUUUUUAUCAAAUACAGAUAAGUUUCUUCAUAUCUUUUGAAUGUCAUAUUGGAAAGACCAGUUUUUGGACUAUUGCUCUGUGAAACAACCUUCUUAAAACAGAAGUGUGAUUAAAUGAUUGUCAAAAUGUGUUAGCUUAGCCAUUUACCAAGGAUUGCCAAGCAUUAGCCAAGGCAAUUCAGUACUUAUAAUGACCAUCCAAUGCACAUGUUUAAUCGCUAAAAUCCUCCACUUGCACAUGUGGACCAGCUAAGCCAGGACUUGACUUUGUUAAAUCAGCUGUGCUAGUUUUAUAAUCAACAAACACAUGAUAUAGCUGAUUUGUCUCAGUAAAAGAUUGUGAACCAAAGUUGUGGUCUUCAAGCCAUCUAAUAAAAUAUCAGUUCCUUUUUUUUUUUUUUUUUUUUUGGGAAAUGGAAUGAAUUAAUUAAUGUUUAUUCACAGUCAUUCUUAUGUCAAAAUAAAUACUAGUAAAUAUCAGACACCAUCAUUUAUUUGGUCUAAGAUCACUGAACAUCAAAGCUAUAUUAAGUAUUAGUAAAGGCUGCAGAAUUAUACAUUAAUAAAUGACCUUACUGUUAAAUUUACACAAUUGUUGGGGUUUUAUUUCUUUAUUUAUUUUAUUUUUUUUUAUUACAGGAGCAUUAAGAAAUGAAACUCUUAUGAGCAUCGCUUCCAUCCGACUGAUUAGUAAUGAAGAGUUCCUGCCAUCCUACAUGAUGGACAGAUACUGGGAUUCAUUCCUGAACAACGACUGGGACUGGGAAAGCUAGUUUACACUGGAACCUUUGCUGAUUUGCAAUACAUGUUUGAUUAUAAAAUGCUAUGAACAGAUUAUUUGUAAUGUAAUGAGAGAGCUUUGUUAAUUAAAUUCGUUUUGGAUGACAACCUAAAAUGGCCGAAUGAGUAAUGAAUGAGUGCUUUCAUAGUAAUUACUAUUUCAGUAGUUAAGUCUAUCCACGUGCGAAUUUACUAUUAUUAGUACUAUUUCUCCAAAGAGCUCAGUCAUUGUAUAGUGUAGUAACUGUUGCAGUGAUGCCUGUACUGUAGUUUUGUGGGCGUGGCUUGCGCUUGUUACACCUCACUGCUGCUCGGCUGUGACACGCCCCCUCCCCCACACCCCACCCCUUCCCCACACCCCACCCCUUCCCUUCUUCAAGUCCGUUUCUGGGAGAAAACCGCCAGCGGAUAUCACUUAUUCACAGUUAAGCGAAGGGGAAACAAGUAGAUCUCUCUCACUGACUCGAAUACCGUGAAGCCUAUGUAAAGCAGGACAGACUGGCACUGGAUUGUUAUUCCUCAGUUUGUUGAAGAUAUUUUUGAUGGAACACUACAGAAAAGAAGCGACACGCAAGAAUGAAACGGAGAUGUGCUGCUUUACAUAAACUAAGGUACAAACUCUACCUGCUCUUUGUGUCAUUGUCCAUUGUGUGUGUACUGAAGCUUGUCUACGUAAAGGUCUCAUUGAAAAAACGAUUCUACAUCGAGCCCUAUGGAAUUACAGUAAGAUCAUCCAAUUCUCAGUCUAACAAAGAUGCCAUUGACUGCACUGCCAUUUAUCAGCUGGAUCCAGUAGAAAUUGGCAAGUCUUUGGAGAUAAGGCGGAGAGACAUUGUGGAUUUGGAUGAUGAGAGUGUUGUGUCCUUUACUGAGGACUGUCCGAAAUACCUAUCUGCGAGAGGUUACAAUGGCACCUCCGUGACUGACGAGGAACGUGACUUUCCACUAGCCUACUCUUUAGUAGUGCAUAAGAACAUGCCCAUGAUAGAGAGGAUUAUCAGAGCCAUCUAUGCGCCACACAACGUAUAUUGCAUUCAUUAUGAUCAGAAGUCCUCCAAAUCCUUUAUCGCAGGGGUGAAAAACCUGGCCAAAUGUUUCCCAAACAUAUUCAUCGCCUCCAAACUGGAAUCAGUGCACUAUGCACACAUCACAAGACUCAGUGCAGAUCUCAAUUGCCUGUCAGACCUAAUGGGGUCAGAGGUCAAAUGGAAGUAUGCUAUCAAUCUUUGUGGGCAAGACUUCCCACUCAGGUCCAACUAUGAGCUGGUGAAAGAACUGAAAAAGCUGAACGGUGCAAACAUGUUGGAGUCAAGCCGACCAAGUGAGCUAAAGAAACAACGAUUCAGCUUUCAGCAUGAACUGAAAGAUGUCCCAUAUGAGUACCAGAAGUUGCCUAUUAGAACUACAGUCACUAAAAGCCCCCCACCUCAUGGCAUUGAGAUGUUUAUUGGAAGUGCGUAUUUUGUCCUUUCACGUGACUUUGUCCAGUAUGUUCAGACUAAUCAGCUGGCAAAAGACUUCUUAGAGUGGUCAUCUGACACCUACUCUCCGGAUGAGCACUUUUGGGCCACGCUGGUACGAGUGCCCGGUGUGCCAGGAGCGAUCCCGAGGGCAGAGCCUGAUGUGACUGAUCUGAAGAGUAAAACCCGUCUGGUAAAGUGGAACUAUUUGGAAGGGUCUUUGUACCCCCCAUGCACCGGAAUACAUAUGCGUAGUGUUUGCAUUUAUGGUGCUGCAGAACUCAGGUGGCUCUUGGACUAUGGCCACUGGUUUGCAAACAAGUUUGAUCCCAAAGUAGACCCUGUCCUCAUUCAGUGUCUUGAAAAAAAACUCGAAGAGAGUAAACGUCAACAUGGGUUGAGCACAGUCUCUUAAAAAGGGGUAAGGAUUGAAGACCUUUAUUAAUGGCCUAGUUUAUGGACAUAGAGCGGCUUAUGCUAUUGUACUUGUUUCCGACUAAAACUGUCUUGCACUUAUUAUAAAGCAAAAAAUAUGAAGUUUCGUGUAGGAUUUUCUUUCAUUUGCUGGUGAAAUGUUCAAUGCAAUACACGUUCCAAAAUAUAUUCUCUGUUCCAUUUGAGCAAAACAAUCAAGCCAUUUUUCCUUUAACAGAUAAUCAAAACUUGUGACCUCAAAAGUCAUUUAAAGUGCCUUCCAGCUCCUGCUUGGAGCACAGCGUCUUUAUUGUUGCCUUACUAAAGAACUGUGAAAUGUCUUAUUAAAAAGCACAUUACUAGAAUACCCAAUUGUCUUUUUUAUUUUAUUUUUUAAAGAUAAGCUUAAAUGGAAGUUUUCCUACUGUAUUAGCCUAUGUGUGUUUUAGAUACUGAUUUUGUCUCAUAACAGUCUGUACAUGUAUUUUACAGCAAGAGCUCACCUCUAACAGGAACCAAGGAAUCCCUGUUGACAAUCAUAAUUCACUCAAAGAACAAUUAGGUGGAAGAAAAUGUCUCUUGUUUUAAUAAAAUUGAUUUUAAAGAGAAAUGCCUUGUUAAAUGUAUUACCUUGGGACAAUCUUUAUGCUCUUUUGCUUUGGGACACACAUAAGUUUACUUGUGCAAUAACCCUCUGUCAUUAUUUUAGUUCAGAUACUUUCACCACACCUACUGACCUCCUCUUGAUAGACUUUUUCCAUUUGAGCAUAUGUAGAUUAAAUAUUUGUGGUCUAUCAAAAUGAAUCAUCCAUUUACCUUUUAUUUAAACAGUAUUCAUAUUUAGAUAUUUGAAGCAAUUAAUAUGCAUUAAUAUUAAAUCUUUAUCUGUAAAGAUAUCGGAGAUUUUAGUUUUAUCACUAUAUCCAGAACUCAAUCCAGGUAUUUCUUUUAAAAA